AUGUCUGCCAGCCCAUCCCCCUCUGCCGGUGGCGAUAGCAAGCCCACCGAUCAAAUUCACUUUAAAUUCUGUCGCGAAUGUUCCAACUUGCUCUACCCGAAGGAAGACCGCAUCAACAACCGGUUGAUGUUCACCUGCCGAACCUGCCAUGUCGGCGAGCCCGCAACCUCCUACUGCGUCUACCAAAACAAGCUCAGCACUCAAGUCGGAGAUACCGCUGGUGUGACCCAGGAUGUGGGAUCUGAUCCUACGGUUUGUCUCCCGGGUUUCUGUGAUCAUUGUGGGGAGGAGAUUACCUGCUUCGUCUGUGACACAUCCUCCGAGGACUCCUGGUCCGAAGAGGAUUAUGAUGGCUUUUCGUCGUCAUGAGGUCCAGCAUGCGCCGCGCUCGCGUCAUGGAUACAUUCCAAGUUGUCUUGAAAUUUCCGUGGCUAACCCACUCUUUCCUUAGCUUCCUCGUUCCAACAAGCUCUGCCCGAGCUGCGGCGAAGCCGAUGCAGUCUUCUUCCAGUCGCAACAGCGUUCUGCUGAAACGGGAAUGGUAAGCCUUCAUGCCGGCUCACACCGCAUCCAUGAAGGUAUCGGCUGACGCUUACUUUCCAGAAACUUUACUACGUCUGUUGCGCUUGCGGCAAUGUUUUCGUCUAAUUCUCGAUUUGCCAUACUACAUGUCAUGUACCUGAUACCCGAUCUUGGUUUUUGUUCCGUUAAGCAGCAUUUUUGUGGAGUUCUGGCGAUGUUUGGGCAAAGAAAAGGGGAGUUUGAAAAGAGAAAGAAAUUUCUAUUGCUACAAACGGGAUAAAUAUAAGAACAAUUCGCUUCCAAAUAAAAGGUAUAUCCUACAC